AUGGCGGGCGGUUACCAGCUGUGGGCGCCCCGCUCGCCCCUGGACGAGGCGCUGCGCUGGCUGCGGGGCGCCCCGCCGCCCGCUCCCCAGGCCGUCGCCAUUUCGGCGCACCCCUUCCGCGGGGCCUGCCUGCCGCCGCUGGCGGCGGCGGCGGGCGGGCUGCGGGGCCGGGCGGCGGCGCUGCGGCGGCCGCAGGCCGUGAGGCUGCGGGGCCUCGACGCCGUCUUCGGGCGGCCGGUGACGGCGCAGCCGCCGCGCUGGAGCGGCUCGCUGCGGGUAUCGGAGCGCUCGGCCUUCUGCCGGGUGGUGGCCCCGCGGCAGCCGGGACCCGGCGGGCUGCGGGAGGCCGAGGCCCGGCUGGCCGCCGCCAUGUGCCGCAGGAUGCUGCGCGCCAUCCUGCUGCUGUACGCUGCCUACAAGAAGUGUGCCUUCGCCCUGCAGCACUCGCGAUGAGAGCCCUUGGCACGCUUGGCAUCCGCCGGGUGGUGACCCAGGUCCGGCUUGUCUGGACGCUUCAGGGUGUUGGCCGCCUUGGAACCAUACUGAAGCCUCACUGCACAGAGCAUACGAUGAAACCUUACCUGGUGCGGCCAGUGCCUCGUUUGCAUGUCAGGAUGACACCCCAAGGAAAGCUGGCUGAAGCAUGGGGCUCAGAGCGCAAUAGCGUGCAGCUUGUGGACUCGGGCACCAGCUACGUCAAAGAGAUGAGAACCUGCGUGCCCCAUCAGAGGUUAUAGGGACGUGACUGCACUGUCUGCCUGUGUUUGUAGUCACGGCCUGAUGAGUGCCAAGGAGGAGCAUGGUUCUGGCUUGCUAUGCUGCAUUUAGUGUUCGCCAUUCUGCUGGGAGAAAAGCCUGAAGUGAAAUGUCUGCCAAACUGAGAAGCGCUGCUGCCUGAGAUGUGGCCGUCUUUGCCAGACAGUCCUCAAAGAAAAGAGGUUUACAUUCCUUUUAUAGCUACGGUUGCAAACUCCAAAACAGAUCCCAACCUUACUACCUUCCAAGCCAAAUCCGUUGUUUACUCAUUUCUUGUUGACAAAGACCUCCACAAAACAAAACAAAAGUUACGCUUUAAUCUGUUAAUAGGUUUUACAGUUUCCCCCCCUUGACCAUUACUACUUUGUGAGAACUAACUGGUUUACAAAGAAUUCAAAUCACCUUUUAUCAUUCAGAGCAAAGUCUGUAGUUAUUUACAGCUAGUGA